CGACAGCCGCUAGCAUCAUCGUCAUUAUUAUCAUUAUGUGUAACCGUACCUGUUGUUAGCUUUGUGUUCCAUAAAAUUCUAGCUAACUGAAAUAGACAGUUAGCUAGGUUGCUAUCUGUGGCGCGAGCUAGUUUUGUUUGUGCGCGUUCAUAUUUUUGUGUAUGUUGUUUUCUUUUUAUUGGGUUCUAGAGUACCAGCAUGUAAACAACAUUCAUUUUAUUGGGACGUCUACAAAGUGUUGUUAUCUUGGCAGUGCCGGUUGAUGGAGAGCUACAUCAUUUAGAUGGCAUUCUCUCCAAAUGGUGAUCUAAUGGAAGUGUGUCGUAGGCCUCUGUCCAGGAUGAGUGUACCCGGGGACGGUGGUGAGAUCACAACCCUCACUCCUCCACCUUGGGCAGGUUUCAUCCCAGUCUCUUCCUAAAGAAUCUCCCCUCUCUACAAACAUGGCCGACAAGAGGGAGCCGCCAUUUUUCAACGAUGAUAACCUAGGGGUUGUCAACUACAAACUGCCCUUCUAUGAGACCAUGGAGCUGUUCAUAGAGACUCUGACAGGGACCUGCUUCCAGCUGCGGGUCUCCCCGUUUGAGACGAUUGUCUCCGUAAAAGCCAAGAUUCAGAGACUGGAAGGUAUCCCUGUUGCUCAGCAGCAUUUGAUCUGGAAUAGCUUGGAACUUGAUGAUGAGUACUGUUUGAAUGACUAUAGCAUUGCAGAAGGUUGCACUCUCAAGCUGGUCCUUGCCAUGAGGGGUGGGCCUAUCAACACCAAACGAGUGACCAUGGAGAACUCAGUAAAAGAUACCUCUGACUGCUUGGAUUCAAAGAGUGAUGAGGUGUGGGAAAAGUCUCUGUCUAAUAAACAGGUCACUUUACUGGUGUACAAAGAGGGUGACCAGCUCAACGUCUUCCGAGUUGUGGACCGUGGAGACGGAACUCUGACACCUGUGUCGAAGUCACUAAGCAGUGGUUCAGUGCACAAUGUGUACACUGAGGAAGAGGAGGAGGGUGUUAGCAUUUCCUCUGCACAGCUGACGCUAGAGAACACUAUCACUAUGAACAAGAUGAAGCUACUCAAAGCCAAGAUGGAGAAUAUGAACCUCAAUAAAAAGCCCAAGAAGUCUACCAAGUUGAGAGUGAGGCCUCCGGUUGGUCCACGUCCUUUCUGUGGCUCACUUGGCUCUGCUCGCCACCACCGAAUGCUCCGCAUCCUUCCUCAGAUUGGCCAUGCCCCUGCAACACAGCUACCUCUGAUUGGUGAUCAGCAACAGUCUUCCUCCGAAGCUGGCCCACCUUUCACCUGUCACCCAAGUCCUGCCUCUGGUAGAGUCACUUCCUCACUGACAACUUCUAGCAAAUACAUACUUCAGGAGGAGGAGCCAUGGAAUAAGCCCACACCCAGGAAUAUUAGGCUACCUCCUAAAGUGUCCAGGCUGGAUGUGAGUGAGCCAAAGGCUAUAACAGACUGUCUGUACCCACCGCUGUCUGUCCUGUCUGGUCUGGAAGCUGAAGACGAGACAGAGAUACAGAGUGAUGGACUAAUGCUACCGGAAGAUGGAGUUAUGAUGGAGGCUUCCAAACCCAUUCCGUUUAAUAGCCUGCUUCCAGAGCCACUGAGUCUGGAUGUUUCUGCUCAGCAGGAGACUAGUCUGGACUCUUUAGGAGCUGUGAACGAACCCAUGACUGCAACUCCUCUGCUUUCCCAAGUUGUGGGCUCAGAGUCCAUUAGCACAUGGUCAGUAGGCACUAAGACACUACAGUCCCAAUCUGACAGAGCUGCACUGAACUCGCUACACACUCCUCCGCAUGUGCCUCGACCUUUCACAGACACUUUUACCAGGGAAGUGUCUCGCCCCUUCCUCGGCUCUAACAGAGGGCCUACCAUUCCACCAUGCCCGGCUCCACAGAUCCCUCCUUUCCAUGCCAUCAGAGUGGACUCACCAGUAAAACAGCCAGACAGGGUAUGCAAGAGCGAGGCACAGGACCUCACCAAUAUGGCCAACAACAUUUCCAGAGAGCUGUCAGGCUGUGUGAGUAACAUCGAUGAAAAGCUAGCAAGGCCUUGUGAUCUGACCAGAUUGUGUGGCACAAAUGCCCCCUUGCAAGCCAACAUCCAUCUGCUACAGGAGGAUCUGCUACAGAGAAUAGUUCCCCUGCAGCGAGCAGCAUACACGCCAUCAGGCAUCCUGGACUCAACCAGUGGACCCUCCAGUUCAAUAAAGAGACUAGGCUCUCUGACAUAUCACCUCCCUCCUGUGAAGGCCCCCCUGAGCUCAAAGAAGAAGACUUCAAAACACUGCUUCCUAUGUGGGAAGAAGACCGGGUUAGCCACCAGCUAUGAAUGCAGGUGUGGCAACAACUUCUGCUCCACGCACCGCUAUGCAGAGACCCACAACUGCACUUACGACUACAAAAGUGCAGGACGCCGCUUCCUACAGAAGUCUAAUCCCAUCAUCAGUGCACCAAAGCUGCCCAAAAUAUGAAGGCACUAUGUAAGAGGGAAGAUGAUAUGCAAAUAAAAGCAUGAUUAAAAGAACAAGAACUAAACCAGCAGUGUGCUUUUAUCACCGUGUUUGCUUAAUUGCAAGGUUUUUUUUUUACUUUGCAAAAAUGUGAAUUUGUUUCUUCUCUAUUUUUAACUUUUUUGUCUUCACACAUAGGAUGGAAAAAAUGAAACUGGCGUGGAAGUGUUGUGAAAAGUUGUGAUCACUACAAAUUGUAAUAUGUAUAGAAAUAUAUGGUAUAUUUCACUUUGUUUCUUAAAAUGUAAAUAGCUUCAUGAGACAAGUCUUUGCAAGAUGCACUUUAGUAAUAAUGACAUCACAUCUUUUUUUCUUUCUCUAAAUUGGUCCAUUUUAGGCCUACAGCACUCCACUGAGGACAUCACACCAGGUACUGCACAUACUCAAUAUAAAAGAUGUGUCUGUUAUGGAUUCACUUUGAAUGGAAGUAUGCAAGUUGUACUUUGAGAGCUGUAAACACUACUAUGCAGUAUGGCCACGUAGCAUAUUAAUAAUUUUGAGAAGGGCUUGAUAGGCUGAUAUGAACACAAAGCUGAGUUGCCAUCGUGAAGGUUUCUUUUUUGUACCUUGAUUUUUUUUUAAUUGCACACCACCAUGAACAGCUGUUAAAAUGUUCAGUAUUUAUUUGGGAAUUAAACUAAUAAACUGAAAUAUAAAUAAGAUGAAA